ACCACAAAGUAACUUGCAUCGUGACUGUCUUAAAAAGCUAAGACGUAUUUCUGUUUUUAUGUGAGAAAUAUUGACGAAACGCAAUGGGACUUAAAGGAUUUUACAGCUUCUCUACUCGACACAUAAAUGACUGUCACAAAAUGACUAAUAUGAAAGAGGAAAUAGAGAAAUAUAUAAACUACCACUUUGAGGUCAAAACCGAGGAUAUGCUAUGUGGUUACCAACUGAACAAAAUUAAAUUUGAUUUCGAUGCAUUCUUAAAACAACUUCAAGACGCUGGCGCUCACUUGGAGUUUGUUUUUAAAAAGGUCGUAGCAGAUGACAAAGAAUUUUUAUCUCGACGACUUAUGGAUUACAAGCAAGGAUGCGAUAUUGUCAAAGCAGUUGAAGAAGUUGGAUCAUUUGAGUUGCUUGAGAAGUUGUUUCGCAAUCGAAACAAGACGCCAUUCAACACAAUGAUUUUAAUUGCAAUCAUUCAAUCAGCAAAGAAGUUUGGAAAUGUUCAUGGCUUUAACAAUAUUUAUGGAAAGCCUGCAGUUCAACAAAUUGAAUUGGCAAAGAAGCUCGAUGCUUCUUGGAUAAUCGGUCUCGACACAUUUUAUUUUCUCAUGCCCGGAAAAUGGAAAAUUUGGAAUGAUAUGAAACUAAACAUGAAAGAUUUAUUAGUUCAAGAGAUUGACCCAAAUGUCAUAUUAACUCAGCUUGAUUUAGAUCCAAAACAUGGGCCACUGUUCGCUUGUCUUCUUGGUGAAUUUCAAUCAACUUCAAAUUAUCAAAAGAAAGUUCAGGAACAUUUCGGUUUGAAGCAUAAAUUCGAAAACGCUGCAAACUUUAUUAAAUCUUUGGAAAUUGAAGCUUCAACUGAUUUAAUCAAGAGAGUUAUUGACAACAUUUUCAAAGGGAAAGCUAAUGAAAGAAUUCAUCAAGAUUUUGAAAGAUCUCUCGCAACAUUUGAAAUCAAUUUUGAUGUUGGAAAGAGAGUUGACGAGGAAAUAUUGCAAUUGGUUAAAAAUGAUUUUGUCAGCAUUGCAGAAGAAAUUUUUCUUAAUCAACCAAUCUUCAUUUCGCCAACAUUCUUUGAUAUGAGAAAGGAAGACAUGAAAACAAUUAAUGAUCUUGUUGUUCCAUUAAUUACUAGAACGGCUUCCGUUUUAUUACGGAAAAUUGAUGAUAAAGAAGAACGAACAAUAAUAAUUUUGGAAAGUCACGAUGGCAACUUUAAAACUAUUCCAAUUGUUCCAGUCGUUCCACCGUUUCCUGUUCCGUCCCUGGAGACUUUAUUGAAAGGUGAAAUCCAUGCAAUUGAUAAAACGCAAAUUCUCUUCUGGGUUACCGAUUUAAAUAUCGAAGAAUUUGCUUUUGUAAUAAUCCCACAAGAUUAUGCUGCAGAUUGUGUCAUUUUACUUUAUCUGAUGAAACAUCAAUGCAUCAAUACACUUGACGCUCGUUGUAUCUUGAAAACGAUCAUCGAUACUCGUCGUCAUGUUAUUCCUUUGGAAGGUUACACAGAAUAUCCUGAAACGAUCUGCGAACGAGCAUUUCGUUGUUGUUUCUUGUACUCAAAAAUGUACUUUUAUGUUCAGUCAUGUCUGACUUCGCUUGGAAUGAAAAACAUGUGUUUUGAUAUUGAGUUCGAUGGUGCUUACUUCCAAAAAAUUUACGCGUUAAAUAUUUUGGCUAAGGAAGAUGCUGAGAAGGAAAAUCAGAUGUCAAACACUAAACAAGAGGAUUCAAAAGAUGAAUCUGAUGAGGUGACAGUCGAAAACGUUGAGGAAAGUCAAAUGGAGGCAGAUCCAUUUAAUCCUAUUAAAAUCAUCGACGAAUUUAUUUCUUUAAUUCGUGCCUCAGUUUAA